AUGGCCACCUACCUGCCCGCCCAGGAGAAGGUGUUCGCCGACUACUUCGACAAGUUCGUCGCGGCCAGCCAGGCCAACGUCAACCAGCCGCUCCCCUUCAUGACCCUCUUCCGCGAGAUCAACUGCGCCCUCUCCUGCCGCACCUUCUUCGGCGACUACAUCUCCCCAGCGGCGGUGAAAAAGAUCGCCGACGACUACUACCAGGCCACGGCCGCCCUCGAGCUCGUCAACGUGCCCUUCUCCAUCUACAUCCCCUUCACCAAGCCCUGGCGCGGCAAGCGCACCGCCGACGCCGUGCACGCCGAGUUCGCCAAGUGCGCCGCCGCCUGCAAGCGCAACAUGGCCACCGGCGCCGCCCCGACGUGUAUCGUCGACCACUGGGUGCGCCACAUGUUCGAGUCCAACCGCUACCGCGAGCGCGUCGCCGCGGGGGAGACGGACGUCGAGAAGCCGUCGAAUCUAAUCCGCGAGUUUACCGAUGUGGAGAUCUCCGAGACGCUGUUCACCUUUUUGUUUGCCUCGCAGGACGCCUCCAGCAGCGCUACCACGUGGUUGUUUCAGAUCCUUGCCCAGCGUCCUGAUGUGUUGGACAGGCUACGCGAGGAGAACCUUGCCGCGAGGGGCGGAGACAGGAACAAGCCGUUUGACCUGGCGAUGCUGGAGUCUCUGACCUACACCGCGGCCGUCGUCAAGGAGCUGCUGCGAUACAGGCCACCGGUCAUCUUCGUUCCGUACUUGGCGACCAAGGCCUUCCCCAUCACCCCUGACUACACGGUCCCCAAGGGUGCCAUGGUCAUCCCGUCGUGUUAUCCCGCGCUGCACGACCCCAAGGUGUAUCCCAACCCGGACACGUUUGAUCCCGACAGGUGGAUUACUGGGGAUGCUGAAUCCAAGACCAAGAACUGGCUGGUGUUUGGCGCUGGAGCGCAUGACUGCCUCGCGAGGAGAUAUGUGCCACUCACUAUGGCGGCCAUGAUUGGGAAGGCGGCUCUGGAGCUGAACUGGAAGCAUGUGGCCACGGAGAAGUCGGAGGAGAUUCGUGUCUUUGCGACACUGUUUCCUAUGGAUGGUGCGCAGUUGGUGUUUGAGAAGCGCCCGUGA